CUACAGGAGAUGACCAGAGACUGCAGACAUACUACAGGAGAUGACCAGAGACUGCGGACAUACUACAAGAGAUGACCAGAGACUGCGGACAUAGUACAGGAGAUGACCAGAGACUGCAGACAGAGUACAGGAGAUCACCAGAGACUGCGGACAUACUACAGGAGAUGACCAGAGACUGCAGACAUAGUACAGGAGAUGACCAGAGACUGCGGACAGUACAGGAGAUGACCAGAGACUGCAGACACAGUACAGGGGAUGACCAGAGACUGCAGACACAGUACAGGAGAUGACCAGAGACUGCAGACACAGUACAGG